UUGUAUGCCUGAAGGAAUCAGUACACAAUUGGAUUGUGCCACAAACAUCAUUGCAGUAUCAUGGAAUAGCAGCAAGGGGGCGAUGUCCUACGUGGUCAUAGCAGAAGCAUCUGAUGGAAGAGCCAUCAAUUGUACUAGCAGUGGCACAGCCUGUGAGCUGCUUGGUGCUCAGUGUGGAGACAUCUACAGCAUCACAGUUCAUGCAACAGACAACAAAUGUAGCAGCUUGAAGAGUCCAGAAAUGUUUAUGAAAACAGUGCCCUGUGUUCCUGAACACCUUAAUUAUAAUUUGGACUGUGAAACCAACAUUGCCAUGGUGAGGUGGGAUUACAGCAUGGGAUCUCUGUGGUAUGUGGUCGAAGCAAAGGCAAAGAGUAACCACUCAACAAACUGCAGCUCACAAGACACAAACUGUAACCUCUCCGAUUUCCUCUGUGGCCUGACUUACACGGUCACUGUUACUGCAGAGGAUUCCACAUGCAGAAGUGCUCCAAGUUCUGAAAUUGACAUCAAAGCAGCUCCUUGCAAACCACAUAUCAUUUCCACUUAUCUUGACUGUGCUGUAAACUCCAUCUUUGUGAACUGGGAAACAAGCGAAGGAGCAACAUUCUACGCGUUGAGCGCCGAAGAGUACGGUGGAUCUGUGAACUUCUUCAAUACAACAGAGUCUCACUAUGAUUUGAUGGGCCUGAAUUGUGGGCAGAAGUACUUCAUAAGAGUGGUGGCAUCUGAUGAUGCUUGUGCCAGCUCAGAGAGCCUAGUGGAGGAAGUGGUGUCAGCGCCUUGUGUUCCUGAAAAUAUAACCACAUCUGUAGACUGUUUCUCCAACUCCGCCACCAUAUCCUGGUACUUGAGUGCUGGGGCUGACUUUUACACAGCCAGGAUGCUCUCUUCCUCCUCCUCACCGCACAGUGCCCACUGCCAAACUAACGACACAUCUUGCAUCAUCCCUGGACUGCAGUGUGGGCAAAUAUAUAAAGUGGGUGUUGUGGCCCACGAUCAGAGGUGCAACAGCACUGAAUUGCUUCUCAAUUACCUACAAACAGAGCCCUGUAUGCCUCAGAAUGUCCAUGUAAUAUACUCAGCAAACAUGGCCGAGGUAGGCUGGGACCACAGUCUGGGUGCUGGCUCAUACACUGCUGAAGCACUAAGCAUUCUGGGGCACUGGGAAGGUUGCGAAACCAUAGACACAAGAUGCAAGAUUGAAGGCCUGCUAUGUGGAGAAAUGUAUAAUGUCACUGUCUCAGCACACAAUGACGUGUGCAACAGCACAAUAUCUGAGGUCAAAGUCAUUGAAACAGAGCCCUGCCCUCCUCAGAACGUAGUUGUGGAUGUGGACUGUGAGGACGGACUUGUCUCAGUUUCCUGGGAGGAAAGCACAAACACUGAAUCCUACAUUGUGACCACCAAAAAAGAUAAUGUAUUGACAUCAGUGUGCCAUACCUCUGGAACAAGCUGUCACAUUCCUGACCUGGAGUGCGGUCAGAUGUAUGCCCUAAGUGUUAGAGCACAAAACGCCCAAGGCAACAGUUCUGAAAGCUCUGUGGUCCAAAUAAGCACAGCACCUUGCCUGCCUGCGGAGUUUGAUGUCGUGUUGAACUGUAAUAACAACACUGCGUGGGCAUUCUGGAGCCCGAGCCAUGGUGCUGAAUACUACAUAGUGAGUGCACAGGGAGCCGAUGGACAAAUUGUCUCGUGUAACACCACUGAUUCUUCUUGUAACCUUACGGAUCUUCACUGUGGUCAGAUGUACAACCUCAGUAUGAUCGUUAGUGAUGAACAGUGUCAGAGAUUCUAUUCAGUGCGCACCACAGUUACAACAGUCCCCUGUAUACCAUUUCACAUCAGUGCUGACUUAUCUUGUGACAACCAAACUGCCCUGGUGACCUGGGAUGCAAGUGAAGGAGCAGAGUCCUACCAUGUGACAGCCUGGACAGACUCUGGGGACAGCAGAGAAUGCCACAGCACAGGCUUAGCUUGUGACAUCAGGAAUUUGCAGUGUGGACAAACUUACCACGUGGCAGCUGUCGCGGUUGGCUCAGAGUGUAGAAGUGAACAGAGCCCACCUGAAGAGAUCCAGACAGCCCCAUGUAUACCUCAGAAUCUCCAAGCCUCCUUUACAUGUGGCAGUGACGCUGUGUCUGCAGUGUGGGAGGAGAGUCCUGGAGCUGAAGUGUACAUUGUGACUGUCAUGGGAGCCAACGGGCAGGUAGUAAGCUUCAACACAACCGACACAGGCCUGGAAAUUAUAGACCUCUUCUGCGGACAGACUUACAAUGUGAGCGUAAGAGCGCAGAAUGAGAUGUGCAGCAGCGCAGCAAACACGUCUGUGGAGUUUCAAACCACCCCCUGUAUUCCCCAGGACGUUUCAACCUUCAGCGACUGCUUGAAUAAUCAUGGGCUGGUUUACUGGACAGAGAGUGAUGGUGCUGUUUUCUAUACGGCGAUCGCCCAGGGGCUGGAUGGCCACCAGCAUAUUUGCAAUACUGCGGAGACAAGAUGCAACUGGACUGACCUUCACUGUGGAGAGGUGUACAAAGUUUUUGUUAUCGCACACGACAACAACUGUAACAGCUCAGUGAGCAAUACAUCCACAAUAGUAACGGGUCCCUGCACUCCACAAAACCUUGGUGCCUUUGUUCAGUGUACUCUCAAUGUUAUCUUGGUGAGCUGGGAUGCCAGUGAGGGAGCCACAGAGUAUCAAGUCACAGCACAGAAUGCAAAUGGAUUCACUGGAGAGACCCUUUCAAACAUCACUAGCUGUGACCUCACAGACCUUCCCUGUGGAGAGAACUAUUCUGCUACGGUUACUGCACUCAGCAACAACUGCCUAAGUCCACCCAGUUCCAAGGUUUACUUCAAAACAGCUCCAUGCACUCCUACAGCAGUUUCAGUCCAGCCGUAUUGUUCAGGGAACAGCAGUUUGGUGCAGUGGAAAGAAAGCAAUGGAGCCAUAUCCUAUAUGGCCAUGGCAGAGACCGCAGAUGACACAAAGCAAUUCUGCACUUCUGUUGGUACACAGUGUGAAAUAAAUGGCCUGCAAUGUGGGCAGCUCUACUACAUAAAUGUGGUCGCCUUGGAUUACAAUUGCAAUUCCACUGAAGCUCCAAUAACUGAACUCCAAACAGCCCCAUGCAGACCACAGAAUGUGAGCGCCCAGAUAGACUGUACAACCAACAAUGCCCUGGUGUCCUGGGUUUAUGCUGCGGGUGUCAUAAAUUACAUUGCAACGGCACAGAGCAACUCGGGCAAAGUUUACUCAUGCACUACCGAUGGACAGGAGUGUGAAGUCCAAAAUUUGCCUUGUGGCCAGCUAUAUACGGUGCAAGUUGUGGCAAUGGACAACACCUGCUCUAGCCUGCCAAGCACAGCGGUGGACAUUCAAACAGCUCCAUGUGUUCCCAAAAUCAGCGAAGUAUUUCUGGAUUGCUUAAAUAAUACCUUCUUUGUGCAGUGGUCUCAAAGCGAAGGAGCUAUAGACUACACAGUAACUGCAAAGGCACUCAAUGAGCACAUUGUUGGCUGCAGCAGCAACUCGACGAACUGUGAGAUCGGUGAUUUGAUGUGCAGUCAGUUGUACAGCAUAAGAGCGAUGGCCUUUGAUGAUCAAUGCAACAGCUCCGAAAGCACUAGCUGGUUCAUGGAAACAGUGCCAUGUGUGCCCCAAAUUGCUCAAACACGAUUGGACUGUAACAAGAAAGGAGCUUUUGUACAAUGGAAUCCAGUAGAUGGAGCACAGCUGUAUGUUGUGAAUGCUACAAGCAACCAAGGAGAUGAGGCAACGUGUACUACUGCCAACAGCUUCUGUGAAAUGACAGAAUUACAGUGUGGAAGCAUUUACAAUGUCAGCGUGACUGCAGCUAACCAACUGUGUGAUACCUCACAGAGCGAACCAGAGGAGCUAAAAUCAGCACCUUGUGUGCCAGGGUAUGUGACCGCCACCAGUGACUGUGACACGGGUACAGUGACAGUGUCCUGGGAGGAAAGCAGUGGUGCAACAUUCUACACAGUGAUGGCUCAUGGGAGUAGAGGAUAUUUAACAACCUGUAACACCACAGGAACAGAAUGUCAGCUGACAGAUUUGCUGUGCUCUCAUUCCUACAAUAUCACAGUCAUGGCAACAGACGAGACUUGUACCAGUCUUGAAAGCCAUCCAGUCACUUUAGACACAGUUCUUUGUGCUCCUCAACAUGUCACUGGUAAGCUCUUAUGUGACACCAAAGCUGGUUUGGUAUCCUGGAUGGAAGGGGAAGGUGCCAAUCUGUAUAGUGUCAUGGCAGUUGGGCCCGAUGGACACAUGGCACAGUGCAACACAACUCUCUCCAGCUGUGAGCUGACCAACUUGCACUGUGGUCAGUUCUAUAAUUUCACUGUAACUGCCCUGGAUGGAGUGUGUGAUAACGCGCAGAGUUCUUCAGAGCUCCCAGCCCCUUUAUGUGCCCCGCAAAAUGUGGAAGUAUUCCUGGAGUGCAAUUCCAACAUUGCCUACGUGUCGUGGGAGAUGACCAUUGGAGCAGCAGCCUAUGUGGUCUUCGCCAACAACAGUAACAACUAUGAUGUGUCCUGUAAUACGACAGACACCUUCUGCACACUCCAUGAUCUUCGCUGCGGAGAGAAGUACAACGUGACCGUUCUGGCAUUGGAUAACAUCUGCGACAACAUUUACAGUGCUAGUGUUGAGAUCCAAACAGGGCCAUGUCCACCAGAAAAUGUUGUGGCAGACAUUGACUGUUAUACAGGAAUAAUGUCUCUCAGAUGGGAUUCCGUUCCUGGUGCCACCUUCUAUGCUGUGCAAGCAACGGCUGGUGAAGACAACAGCUUUUCAUGUAACGGAACGGACACCACCUGUGGCAUCACUGGGUUACCCUGUGGGCUCACAUUCACUGUCACCACUACAUCCAGCUAUGAUAACUGCCAAAGCGCACCUAGUCAAAAAAGUCUUAUUGCAACAGCUCCCUGCACUCCUCUGAAUGUUAAAGGAUACCUGGACUGUGUAACGAAUGCAGCAUGGGUGUCAUGGAGCCAGGCAGACGGUGCCGAGAUCUACAAUGUCACAGCCAUUAGCAGUGGAGGCCAUCAGUCUUCAUGUACAUCAACAAAUGUAACCUGUGGUGUGCCUGAUCUGCAAUGUGGAAACAAGUAUACAUUCUCUGUGACCGCCAUCAGUAAAGACUGCUUGAGCAUGCCGAGCGCUUCCUUUGAAUUGGAAACAGCACCAUGCAUCUUGAAUGGUCUGACAUUGCUAAACCAAUGCAACAGCAGCAGCAUAAAGGUGGUGUGGAACCGUACAGAGAGCAGCCAGUUGUACAUUGCCACAGCAGAGGGCAGUGAUGGCAGCAUGUACACCUGCAACAGCACAAAGGAAGGCUGCAACUUAAACUCGGUGAACUGCGGCACUGAGUACACCAUCAUCGUAGCGGCAACCUCGGACAAGUGCAGCAGUUUGAGAAGUCCUCCUUCCAAAAUCACCACAGCUCCUUGCAUUCCAACUGACGUCAAAGCCUUUACGCAUUGUGAAUCGGGCGUGAUGGACGUGUCCUGGAGUUCAAGUCCAUUUGUAGAAUUCUACAUGGCGACUAUCAUGGGUGUCAAUGGAGUGCAAACAUCGUGCAACACAUCUGGCACUACCUGCACAUUUGCAGACUUGGAGUGCGGCCAGACCUACGAGGUAUCGGUCACAGCCAGUCAUGAACGCUGCAGUAGCCCACCAACUCCUUCCAUCAGCUUUAACACUGUGCCAUGUGCUCCAGAAGGUUUAAACAUAAAUAUGCAGUGUGAGUCCAGCUCGGCACUGCUUUCUUGGAUGCAGAAUGAUGAAAUCCUGGAGUAUUACGCUUCUGCCACUUCAGCCGAUGGAGGAAUCCUGUGGUGCACCACUCAGUGGGCGGGCUGCACAAUAAAUGAGCUGGCAUGUGGCUCAAGCUAUAACUUUACACUGGUGGGUUUUGAUGGCACCUGCAACAGCUCUUUCAGCAAUCCCAUCACACAAGGAGCAGUUCCAUGCCCUCCGGAAAAUCUGACUAUGUCACUGGGACUAAUGACAAACAGCACACAAGAGCUACAAGCCGUAUGGAGUGAAGUCCAGUGUGCUGAAGAGUAUAUGUUGGAGGUCCAUGGACUUAUCACCGGUGAUCCCGAGAGCCAGUUCCUUCUGACAUCCUACUGGACUGCAGACCCCUACUUUUACAUCCCACUCUUGUGCAGCUCUGUGUACAAUGCGUCCAUGAUCUCCAGGAAUGUGGCAGGGAUUGGUGACCCUAGUGUUCCCGUGCAAGGCUUGACAGCUCCCUGCACUCCCAAUGGAAUCACUGUUGACUCAGUCAACGGUUUGGUGGUCGUUUCAUGGAAUGCAUCCAUUUUUGCCACGGAGUACUGGCUUCUAACACCCGACAAUUCGAUUCUAUGUAAAACACCCCAGCUUUCAUGUGAAUUACCAAUCAAUAUUAGCAGCAGUGCAAAACUUGUCGCUGUUAAUUCAGCAGGGGAAAGUGAGCCAAGUGAAUCCAUUUCACUAACCAGUGGUCACAUACAGCGAAAAAGACGAGAUCUCCAUGAAGAGUCUGAAGAAAUUAACGGUGAACUUUUACCCCCUCAGCUGCACGUCCUCAGCAUAACCAAUGACACCCUACAUGUGGAGUGGACGGCCACCGAAGGUGCAACACACUACAUAUUGAUUGUGAAAGAAGUAACGGCAUCCAAACCAUUCAAACCGAUUGUGCAGUCCGUACAGGAGACUUCAGCCAAAGUGAGUGGGCUUCAGCCUUUCACAAACUACAAGGUUGUGGUGUCAGCCAAGGACUCCACGAGAAGCAGUGUCUACUCCGAUCCUGUCUUCAUAACUACCGAUAUGUCUUUGCCAGUCAGGUCAUCUGCACAGCUGUAAUCGGUGCUUUUUUGAACAAAGUGCUUCUAAGCGUCUGCUUUGCAAUUGUACUAACAUCUCAUCAGCUAAAGUAUAAUCAUUUUGAAUUCAUAUGUAAACUGAAGAUUACAUUUGCAGGUAUAUGAACACGUGCAUUUAUUUGUGUUGUAU